GUUGUCGAGUUGUCAAAAAGUGGCUUUCGCGGAUCGAACCGAAAAUUUGUAUCCUCAAAUUUAGCACAAAAAUUCGUAUUUUUCAGGGCCAAAAUGAGUUCAAAAUCAAAGCGUGGUGAUAGUUCCGGCAAGGACGAUGAGCCGGUCAAGAUCAACAAAUGGGACGGAACCGCCGUCAAGCACGCCCUGGACGAUUCGGUCAAGACGGCCCUGAUGAAUCGAACCAACAUGAAGGAACACCACGCCAUCAUCGAUGGGCGGCUGCUGAUCUGUGCCCUGGCCGUGGCGACCGCCCUGGUGGCCCUUGGCUACGACUACCAGUAUUCCUUCCCGAGUUCCAAGCCGGUUCUGAUCGUGUGCGUUUGUUUCUACUUCUUCCUGAUGGGAGUGCUCACCGUGUACACGAGCUACGUCGAGAAGGGAAUUUUCGCCGUCGGUAAUCAGAAGGACGACAAGGGCAACCAGAAGCGCUGGCAGGCGAGCUCGGACAUGAAGAAGUACGACGACAAGUACGAGCUGACGAUUCAGCUGCGGGAUGCGCGGGGUGUCCGCGAGGCGACCGUCGUCAAGUCGGUGGCCAACUUUGUCGACACCAAUGGAACGAUUCUGGACGAUUUGGUGGCGAACGAACUGAGCCGCAUCGUGAAUUCGUUGAAUUCCGAAAAGAAGGAUAAGUAAAGGGUUUUAGAAGUAAGCUGAAUCUAGAAUGAAGUAUGUCAAGCACAGUCACACAUUUCCAGAGUUUGUGUUUCAACAAGACAAAAUUGAUGAUCUUUAUUAAAUGUGUCUACCUUUAGAGAUUCCUUGUGGAUUGUUUGGA